AGAAUCUUAGAGUAUUUAAAUUCGAAGUCAGAGCAUUGUAAGUAAUCCUAUUAAAUGGGUUAUGGUCUCAAGCCCUGUUCUCCUUAUAUCUCUGGUCAAACUUAGCUCACAUCACCAUCAGGGCCAGUGACGAUGCUCCCUUCGAAUUGAAAUGGCUAGAGCGCUUACUUUGUCACCAGUCCCACUCUCUAGAACACAUCUCGUUUACGCAUAAGUAGUAUGAGGAAGACCUCAGGCUCGCCAGCGAAACCCAAAUCGAACCCAUGUCCUUUUCCAAUUUCAUCAUUUUGAAGACGAUAGAAAUUUCACCAGCAUUCGUCUUCGGUAGCUACGUGCUCCAGCUGGAAAGAAGGGGAUUCCUCCGUUCGGUUGGAGUUCCCGACCCUUCGGCUUUGAGCAUCGAAUCUACAAAGUCGUAUAUCAUAGAGACGCUCCCUAGGUCGAUAGAAAUCUUAUCCCUGGUAAUAUGAGGGGGAUUAUGGGGCUUACCAAGCGAGGGAAUUAGAUGAUUCAGAUUUUCAAGGCCGAGAGGAGGAAGAUGACGACGACGAUGAUAGUGGAGAGGAUGAUAGUGAAGAGGGUGAGGAAGACGAUUACUAGAUAAUUCUUAGCAUUCGGCUUGCUGGAAUUUUAUACUCGAGGCUUGCGGAUUUGCUUUGCCCCUUGAUCAUACAAUUUAAAAAAGAAAUAUUCCCGAGGCGCUUCCCGGGGCAUUAUUAGCUUUAGUUAUUA